UAUAUAACUGUAACAGUACAUGUUGUCAACUUAGUCUCGUAUUUUGGAUAUCUGUGCUUUACAUUAAAUUAUCACCAUGAAUCGAAUCUUUGGAAGUUCAAAACCAAAGCAGCCAGCACCAACGCUUAAUGAUUGUAUUGCCUCUGUUGAUGACAGAACGGAGUCAGUGGAAAAGAAAAUCUCAAAGCUUGAUGCAGAGCUUCUAAAGUAUCGCAACCAAAUGAAAAAAAUGAGGCCGGGACCUGCCAAGAAAGCUGUUCAAAACCGAGCACUUAGAGUUCUAAAGCAGAAGAAAAUGUAUGAAACACAACGAGACAAUAUGAUGAGCCAAAGCUUUAACAUGGAGCAAACCAACUAUUCCAUACAAACAAUAAAAGACACAAAGAAUGUGGUUGGGGCAAUGAAAGUUGGACUCAAAGAAAUGAAAAAAGAACACAAGAAAAUCAACCUUGAUGAGAUAGAGGACUUGCAAGAUGACAUGGCAGACAUGUUGGAAAUGUCGGAAGAAAUUCAAGAAACGCUCGGCAGAAGUUACGGGACACCUGAGUUGGAUGAAGAUGAUUUAGAAGCAGAGCUGGAUGCGUUGGGUGACGAUAUGUUUGAAGAUGAAUUCCUUGGAGAUGAAGUGGCAGCCCCUAACGCUCCUUCCAAUGCUAUUGGGGACUCAGUUCCUGCUAAUUCGGAAGGGGUACCAGUUGACGAGUUUGGACUUCCACAACUGCCAGCAUGAGUAUCAGCAUAGAUCUUGCUGUUUUGCAGCUGAAAGAGUCUGGUCCAAUACCUUUUGCACUUUCUAACUUUUUCUCCUUCACAUUGGGUCUAGUAUUGGAUAUUCUUUUCGUACCUUCAUGAAAUGUUUCAUUCAAGAGAUAAAGUUGUAAAAAAGCAGGAACAUUUAAUAUUUUAAAUUAACCACGAAAUAAUUUGGGUUACCUUUUCAGUUAAUGUUUUUAUUAAUUGUAUUGUUUUGAAGUGGGCCGCAAAUUAUUCUGUUUCACUUCAACUUUUAUGAACGCGUAUAAAGUCAUGUGCUCGCAAUAAACGUGUAGUUUAUCUGUCUCAAA